AUGAUGCUGCAUAUCUUAGAAGCCUGUCACUUCUCUCUAGUAGGUGGUCAUCGUGGAGGUGCCCGACCAACCCACAAGGUACUUCAGAGUGGGUACUACUGCUCUACAAUCCAUCAGAACUCAAUUGAUCUAGUCAAGGGGUGUGAUAUCUUCCAGAGGCAAGGAGCCAUCUAUUGUCAGCAUGAAUUGUCAAUGACACCUAUUUUGGAGGUGGAACUGUUUGAUGUGUGGGGAGUUGACUUCAUGGGACCAUUUGUAAGCUCCUAUGGGAAAAAGUACAUACUGGUGGUAGUGGACUAUGUGUCCAAAUGGGUUGAGGCAGUCACCCUGCCUAAAAAUGAUGGUAAAAGUGUUGUUGGUUUUCUGAAGAAGAAUAUAUUGUCAAGGUUUGGUACACUUAGAGCGAUUAUCAGUGAUAGAGGCUCCCAUUUUUGUAAUAAAGUGUUCAGUUCACUUUUAGCUAAAUAUGAGGUAAAACAACAUAAGGUGGCAACAUCAUAUCAUCCACAAACAAGUGGGCAAGUUGAGGUAUCGAAUCGGGAGGUCAAAGUGAUUUUGGCAAAGACAAUGAAUGUCAACAGAACAGAUUGGGCUAGAAAGUUGGAUGAUGCUUUAUGGGCAUAUCAGAUAGCUUUCAAGCCAUCUAUUGGUAUGUCUCCAUAUCAUUUGGUGUUUGGAAAGGCAUGUCAUUUGUUUGUUGAGCUGGAGCAUAACACACUCUGGGCACUAAAGAAGUUGAAUCUUAGUUGGAGUGAAACAACGAACCUGACACUGGAUAAGAUAAAUGAAAUGGAUGAAUUUCGUCUGAAGGCUUAUGAGAGGAAGAAGUUGGACAAAAGAACUGAAGAGCUGAGAGUUGGAAUACGUCACGAGCUCUACCACAAACCGUGGUGCUCUUCAUGA